UCUGAUUCCUUGAAUCGAGAAGAAGUAGUUGUUAGUUUGAGUAGUGGCAACUGUGCGGAAUACUCCGGAUUCGCUAAAAUAAUUCUUUACUUGUAGUAGUUGUCUGUGCACGAUGAAGACCAUGGUGAAUUGCUGCGUUGUACAGGUGAUGUGCUUGCUGGCCGCCGUAGUCGUCCGGGCGCAGCUGCCCGUCCCACCGGUUCAGCGCGGCUUCAAUCUGGCCGGAACGCGAGCCAGCACAGUGACCGUGGAGAUCUUCUACGAUCUGCUGUGCCCCGACUCCAAGUCCAACUGGCCGGUGAUACACAAGGUACUGGACUCCGCCGUGUUCGCCGCCGACAAGCUGGGCAUCGUCAUGAACAUCUUCCCACUGCCCUAUCACCACCACUCGACGUUCGUCAGCACCGGAUUCCGUGCGUACAUGGCGCGUACGCAUGACAUCAGCAAGCAGAUCGACUGCAUCACGAAGGUGUUCGAGCUGCAGGACGACUUCAAGACGAAGGCGGUGGACCUGAGCGAGGCAGCGCUGGGCGAGAAGAUCGGCAAGUUCUUCGCCACCGAGUGCGCAGUGGACGUUUCGGACGCGUUCACAAACAUCACGACGCACGAGAUGUACCGCGAGCAGGUGGUCAUGGACUGGAAAUACGCCGCGGCACGCACGGUGUGCGGCACGCCCAUAUUCACGGUCAACGGCGUCAUGGACAACGCGGUGGGAAACUUUGUGUCCGAGGAGCAGUGGGAAUCGUACGUACGCCGCCUGCUAUCCGGUGAGCCACAGUCGUCCGUCCACGCCGCCGCCCCGUCGCGUCACACAACACUCUAGGACUUGCUCCGGUUGGUCUACAUCCAGCGUGCUACACGCCACCCCAGUACAGCGCAAUGGCGUGAUUUGCGUUGGAGGGGAAACCCCCCAAGACUCAAUGGAAAUUUGUAGGAUUUUUACUGUUAUGCCGCCCCCUGGGGUUCUCUAACCCCGACCGGAUGAGCUCUUCUCGCCCACAAAAGCUAGACGGUGUGUAAAGCGUAUUUUAUUGCUGUUAGCCUAGAUGAGGGGUGUGUGUGGGGCGGGGGAGGGGGGGGGGGGAGGAGGAGGACUGCUGCCCCUGCUACUUAACCCCCCCCCCUCCCCGACACCUUUUCUCCCUCUCUCUCUCUCUCUCUCUCUCUCUCUCUCUCUCUCUCUCUCUCUCUCUCUCUCUCUCUCUCCUCUCUCUCUCUCUCUCUCUCUCUCUCUCUCUCUCUCUCUCUCUCUCUCUCUCUCUCUCUCUUUCUCUCUCUUGCCUUGGGUCCUGCUAAGUUUAGUGAUCAUUGACACAUAUAAGCAUACAUCACUAUACGCGUGCGUGAGGCUGUGACAGAGCCGGCUCUGACCUCAUGCCACUGCUACGUUUUCUAUUGAACGUUCUUGGAAAUAUUCCUUCCUUUCCGUGUGAAGCGAUAGCAGCAGUUGCUUUGCUGUGUAAAAUCAUUUGCCUCUCUCUGCCUUACAAGUUAAUCUUUGUCUACCUCCCGCCAUGUGGCGAUGGAGUCGCUGCUAAUUAAACAGUGGUUGAGUAGACCAUUGCAGUA